AUGAUUGUUGAUGCUCUCAACAUCAUUUAUGUGUGGAUUGGAGCUGGUGCUAAUCUGAACGAAAAAAAGAAUGCUCUACAAACAGCUGAGAAGUACUUGAAAUUUGGCAACUUGCCACGUCAUGAAAAAACAACAAUUGAAACGGUUUAUCAAGGCAAAGAAACUCCGACUUUCAAAAAGCUGUUCCCGAAAUGGGACGAUGAACUAUUCCAUGGGGAUCAACGCACGGUAGAACAGAUGAGAAAGCAGCUCUUCAAAUGA